UAUGUCAGGGGACAUCGCUUACCCCUGGCAUACAUUUCUUCGUAAAAAUUGGCAAGUUUGGGAUCCCAUACUUUCACGAGUUUGCCACAGAUUUUCUGAUUUUCAGGCAUGAUCAAUAUUUUGAUCUAUGGAGUUGCAGGUUUUUUGUUUAGAUGAAAGAUACAAAAAAAUUAUUGGUGAUAUUGCAUGACAUCGGUAAAAAGGUCCAUCUAUAAUCCAGUAAGUUCCACCAGCUUGCCCUUUAAGGACAAGUAUGUCUCAAAUAUUACUUGCCCUGGGCAAGUCUUAGUUUGAUCUUUUAAUGAUUUAGUUGACAGACAAAUUGCCUGACCCCUUGCCCACAGGGCAAGUGAGAAUGAAAAGGUACUUGCCCAGAAGGAGACUCUACUUGUCCUGGACAUCUGAAUGGCACUUAUUUUGAGCCCUGUAAGUGUAGUUGACUGAACACCACCUGAAAAAUGUUGAUAAUAUUGGUUGUAUGGUAAGAUAUUUAAGUAUAGAGACAAACGUACCAAGUGCAUAACUAAUAGGGUAUGAAAUACCUACAUAUAAAGUAUAUAAUAAGUUAGUUCAGGGGGGUUCAAACCAACCCUGCAUGGAUAGGGGUGGGGGAAAUGGUUAUUUCCAGAGCAAUGUAUGGUAAGCUGGGAAAUAUAUAAUGUAGAGUUCUGUUGAAAAUUAAGAGGUUGUAAAUAGAUAGUGAAAAUCAACAAGAUCGCAAACACCCAAAACCCAUCCAUGGUCUACUUUCAUGAAAUUUAAAUAUUAUUUUUUGACAGCUGUAUCAAGAUUGUAUUUUUUUAAAAAUCUUUUAAGAAGUAAUGUUAUAUUUCACAACAGCUCAUUUAGAUUUUUUAAUUUUUUGAUAGCAGGAAAUAAUGAUGAGUACUGGUAAAUUUUAAGGAUUAAACUAUCAAAAUAAUGAGCUUCAAACAUCACUAUUGGUUUUUUUGGUAUAAAUUUUUAAACUAUGGUCUUUCAAGAACUGGGCAAUUCCAGAAAAUAUCCAUACCCAGCCACAGACUGCUUCACACCUCCUUGCACUAAUAUACCUAUUUGCAAUCUUUUGAAAGUCCCUUUUAAAAACUGCAACAUGUGAAAAACCUAUCCUUUAAUUCCUUUAACAGUCCUCCAGUAUUCCUUUUGGGUGGAGCAUCCCUGUAAAUUGUUGUCCAUUAUGGCUAUAACCCCUAGGGGUGUCUGCCCUGUUACAGGGCUACUGUAACUGGGCUUAGCAAUACCCCUGUUCUACAAACUUAGAGCUCAGAUCCCCGGAGAGUGUUUCAUGGACCAAAACCUCACUGGUUACAUAAAAUAGCGGCAACCUCGUUCCCAAGGUCUUCUCUCUACCUCCCUCAAGAAACCUUGGAAUUGGAGGUUGAAAUAGCUGCUGCAACUUUCUUUACACUCCUAGCACGUAUAGAUAAUAAUAAUAAAGGAAAUCCUUAGCAAAAAAACUUGUCUAGUGAUUUGAUCCUCACCCCACUCGAAAGAGCAAAUCCUCUGAAGCCCGACCCCCAACCCUGCGCAAGACCCAACGCGACUACCUUGCGCCCCACGACACAUUCUCGUCCCCAUAGCCCUUGUCGCCUCAACGGCUAAGAGAAGCGAAAAGGGCUAUGGGGAUGAGAAUGGGAAGACCGCAGGACAGCAAGACCGUAGAGGUUUUGAAUAGUCCCCAGUCUCUCCCUGUUGGAAUUAAAUAUGGCGGACGAUUUGGGCGACGAGUGGUGGCUGGAGGAAAAAGACGUCGAGGAUAUUGAACCUGAGACUAAGGGGGGAAAGAGGCGGCGAAAAGAUUUAAAGAACAACGAUAAACAUCUAGAUGGUGACAAUAAAGACAAAAGAAAAGUAAAGAAAAAGCGGAAAAAACCCAAGAUUGAAAGUAUAAGCACAGAAUUUCAUGGCACUGAAGCUCCUAAGCUGUUAUGGAUGACUUUCUGUGACUGUACUGCAGGGUCGCUUUCCACAUUAGAACUUGAGGAUGUAAUGAUAGAUGAUUCCUGUUGCUUGGUAGAUGAUUCCACACACACUGGUGCUUCUGAUGAACUCCUUCCUUAUCUCAGUACAGUUAUUCCUCAUUGGACAGGUCAUGUUGACAAACUAGACAAGAGAGGUGAUAAGGGAUCUCCAUUACUUCUCUUUAUUUCUUCAGCAGCAACUAGAGUGGUAGAACUCAAUAGAUCAGCAGCAGAAUUCAAAGGGAAAUGUAAAACAGUGAAACUGUUUGCCAAACACAUGAAGAUGUCUGUCCAAGAGCAAUUUCUCGAGUCACAUGUGGUUCAUUUUGGUAUUGGGACACCAAGUCGUAUUCUAAAGCUCCUACAAAAUGAUUCAUUAAAGAUGUCACGAUUAAAAUAUGUGAUUCUUGACUGGACUUGGAGAGAUCAAAAACUGCGGAGAAUGGUAGACAUUCCAGAGGUGAGAGAGGAGCUCAUCAGCCUUUUGAAGGAUUAUAUUUUUCCAUUAGCUAAAGUCUCGAAACUCAAGAUUGGAUUAUUUUGAAGUUGGCACAUCCUCCCAUGAUCCUUCAUUUUGUACAUAAACGUGGUAAUAAAAUUCGCUCGAUUUUCUGGAUCCGCUACGUUCCAUCUUUGACUAGGGUCGUCACGCAGGGUUCUUUUCCCAGUUGCGCGAUAAUUCAAAACGACGGCUGCGUGAGACCAUCUCCUCUUUUAUUACAGACCGUUUGGAAAGACGCCGUUUUAAAAAGUCCUGCGACUUUUGUAUUUUACGAACGUUUGCGCGAAAAUCUUCUCAAGAGUGUGGUAGACAUACAAAAUAAUGUCAGAACUCAGAAAAAAAGUCGAGUCUCAUCACGCUCCGGCUCCUUUCCAAUACAAUGUGUGGGAAAAUAUAUCUUUUUUAAAGCAGACCCCUUUUAAAUCAUUAUGCAUAUGGCCGUUACACCUGUCAGUUUGAAAAAAAAAUGCAAAUACAUUCUUUGAGAAAAUGUUUCUAUCACCAAUUCUGGGUAGGGGUCUCUUGAGAAAAUAUGCUCAUUCAUGACGUCCGAUGCCCCGUUCCGGUUUUUCUUGAGGAGAGCGGGCGGCAGUACGCAGAAUGGUGACGUCCUUGAAAAGAGCAUUGCAAACACUGUCAACCAACAUAUAACACUUGCAAAUUCGACGACUCAUGGGUAAAAAAAUUGAACUACCUAAUUUUCUUUGACAAACGCUGAGAAUCGAAAAAAAAAAAAGCGAGCUAAUUAAAGACAAACAUGUAGCCAACAUCGUUGAAUCCAUGAAUGUCAAGCUACUACAGCAGCAGCGGCAGCACUCGGUAUAACAGUCGAGUACACCUCCUGAUAGAAUGUUUUUUAGUCCUAGCUCGGGUGCUUUCCAUUAUGCCAGACCAACUGGUCAGGGACCAGUGGAAUUAACCAAGCAACACUUGUUCAAACUUGGCCAACUGAAAAAAAAAGACUCUUACCAUUUUCUACUCGUUUCCCCAGUCCCUCACUUUGUGAAAAUCUACUGAAGAGAACUGAAGAGACUGAAGAUUAGUAGGGCAACGAACUGAUUUGCCAAAAUGGAACAAACUUUCUGUCAGACCGCUCAGACCGAUUCAAGUCGAUAUUCCGGUCGGACCAAAUCUAAAAGGUCGAAAGGACCUUUCCAUUUGACUUUGGACCGAAAUUUCCGGAAUGUUUGGCAUAAUGGAAAGCUCCCCUGUUCUGGACUGCAUACAGACACCACGCUUUAACUUACCCUAUGGGAACACGUCUGUCUGCUCCAAAGACUUUUUACUAAGAGCAGAAUUGAAUUAAAUCGAGAUAUCAUAAAUGCUUUAGCGGGAAUUAAACUCUAAAACAGAACCCCGUUAUUAUGAGGCAAAAACCUCAAACCGUUCAAUUGACCAGCUGUAUCACGCGUGGUGGGUGAAGUUCAUUCGGACUAGCCCCUCUACGAUGUCUCGGCCCAGAAAUUAAUAUGCAAAGAAAAACG